GACGGGCCCGCGGCCGCCGAGGACGGAGCUCGGUGGGCGGCUCGGAGCCGCAGGAGGGAUGGCAGAGCGCAGGGGGAUGGAGGCGCGACAGCAGCAGGGAAGUGUAGGUGGGACCCAGUUUGGGCUGCAGGUGCGGCAGCAUCGCUGGGACGGGGCCCCGCUGCCGCUUUGAGGGUACACGGGAGAGGUGCGGGCCGGUCCGGGCUGCGGAUGCAACAGCGCGGUGUAAAUAUGGGUGGGAUGGAGCCGGGAUUGCAGGUGCGAGAGUGGAGCACACACAGGUGGAGGCGGUCCGGGCUGCAUCGCUGGCACGAUGCGGGGUUUGGGUUGCCGCUGCUGGAUGUGGUCCGGGUCGCGGGUGCGGGUGUGAGGCCGGCCGGAUUGCACGUGUGGGUGCAACGUGUGCGGCUGCAGGUGUGAUGUGCGGGCGGGAUGUGGUCCUCUGUGCCUAGGGCUGGCAGCGCGUCGUGGAUGGAUGCUGUGCCCGCGUCUGCGCUGGGCCACUUUCAAGCUUUUAUUUUGUAGAAUUCUUUUCUGUUAUUCAGUGGUUUUCAGGCGAGGUUUCCCAAGUCCCGCCCGGUUUUCCCACAUAGUUCUCUCCAGCCUCAUCCUCCCCUCUGCUCAAUAACUCUGCUGUGAUUAAAUAGCUUCUUGCAACAUCAGUAUACAGAGCUGAAUUCCAGAGCUCGUGGGUGGGGAAGGAGUGCUCAGACAUACUGAUUUUAGAAGAAAUAGCCCAAAACGGUGCUCGUGGUUGUCCCUCCCUGUACCAGAUCAGCACUGUGGAACCGUAUGUUCUUUUUUUGGAUUCUUAAGACUGAAGAAUUUCUCCGGGUAAACACAGUGCAAAACACCUCAAGCUCCCUAGCAGACCUGCAACUCAAACUUCUGGCUUGAGUUAGUUGAAAAGGAAAGUUGGAGUCAGCAGAGUUACAGUAAGGUUGCCGUUGUCCUACUGAACUUGCUCAGAAUUUGGGCUGUCUGGCCACUAAUCUAAUUUCUCUUCCAUCCACUUAAGCUUAUUUUUCCACGAAACAGAGGCUGCCAAAACCAGAGGGCAGGGGGGAGGGGAUAGCAGGAAUCUGAGGAUAUGAGAUUUUUUUUUUUGUCCUGUUAUAAGUUAAUAAUCCCAUUCUAGGCUGUCAUCCAAAAAUAUUGCUGAAAAAUGCAAGCAGUGUACAAGACCCAUUGUAUAAAAGAUAAUCUAAAUGUAGGACAGGAAGAGACCUGGCAGGUCAGCAAAUCUAAACACAGAAUGAUAUUAUGCCUUAUUGCACACCACUGUAAUUCAUUUGUUGCCAGCCUUCUGGGAAGGGGAAAUUUCACACCUUAAUUGAACUUAUAUUAUAAUCCUUUCUCCGAUAUAUGGCUUUCUCUUACUUUGUAUUUGCACUAUGUCUGCUUCAUUCUCCCCGUCUGGUGCUUUUCUCUUAUCUGUGUAGAAAUAGGAGUUGCAUGCUUUUCUCUUUACUGUGCAAUGCCAAACAAGCUACAACUCGCUGUCUGCUUUCAUGAAGCAGGCUCCAGCUUCUGCUGAUCCCUGGCAAUUUUGAGCUGGGCUUCUUAAUCUCCGAGUUCCCUGUGGAUGAGCAGAGCUGCAGGGCUCAGAGGUCCUGUGCUUCUCAUGUUUUGACACCUCACCUAGAAAUAAAUCCCUCAACCAGAACAAGCCAGUCACAAUGUCAGUCAAAAAGGAAGGUGCCCACAAGAAGUGGGCUGCCCUGAAGGAGAAACUCGGACCCCAGGAGACCGACCAGUCAGAGGCCAACCUGGAAAAUGCAGAGCCAGAGCUGUGCAUCCGCCUCCUGCAAAUGCCCUCAGUGGUGAACUACUCUGGGCUGAGGAAGAGGCUGGAGAACAGCGACGAUGCCUGGAUGGUUCAGUUCCUGGAGCUGUCCGGGCUGGAUCUCCUCCUGGAGGCCCUGGACAGGCUGUCAGGGCGAGGAGUGGCCAGGAUAUCCGAUGCCUUGCUUCAGCUCACCUGCAUUAGCUGUGUGCGAGCGGUCAUGAACUCCCACAAAGGCAUAGAAUACAUUGUGAGCAACGAGGGCUACGUCAGAAAACUCUUCCAAGCACUUGACACAACUAAUGUCAUGGUCAAAAAGCAAAUAUUUGAGCUCCUGGCUGCACUGUGCAUUUACUCAUCAGAUGGCCACUCUUUGGCUCUGGAUGCUUUGGACCAUUACAAGAGUGUGAAGAACCAGCAGUAUCGAUUCAGCAUCAUAAUGAACGAGCUGUCCAACACAGACAAUGUGCCAUACAUGGUGACACUGCUGAGUGCUAUCAAUGCCAUCAUCCUGGGGAAAGAAGAGCUGAGAACAAGGACACAAAUCAGGAACGAGUUCAUAGGGCUUCAGCUGUUGGAUGUUUUAGACAAGCUAAGAGACAUUGAGGAGGAGGAUCUGCUUAUCCAGUGUGACACAUUUGAGGAGUUCAAAAUAGAGGAUGAUGAGGAAUUAUUAAGGAUAUGUGAUGGCAUAAACAUGAAUGAUCAUCAUGAGGUCUUUUCAUCUCUCUUCAACAAAGUGAGCCGCUCUCCAGUCUCUGUCCAGCUGCUGUCCAUCCUGCAGAGCCUGCUGCACCUGGAACCCUCUCAUCACUCCAGCCUCCUGCUCUGGGAGUCCUUGGAUGCCGUAGUGAACAGAGCCCUUUUACUCGCCAAUGACAUCCAAGGGAACACAGUUGAAGAAGUCAUUGAGAGGCUGCUGUCUAUCAAAAAACAUCCAAACAAGCAAAAGCGAGCUGAGAACCGCCUGUCUGGGAGCGCAGCUGGAGCUGUGCAGGCUGAACCAGAGCCAUGUGCACGUGCAGCUCGGUGUCCAGUGGGAUCAUCAAACCCCACCAGGGCACCAGCAACAUCCUCAGGGCCACUGGACAACGAAAAGAAGAUCUCAUCCUGCCAGUUCACAGCCUGCUGUGCCCUGCCAGAGAAAUCCAACCCUCCCUCCAACACUGCUCCCAACCCGGCACCUCCAGCCCCACCACCUCUACCCUCUGGCACAGCAGCCAUGACCCCCUCAUCCCCCAUGACAAAUGCACCUCCAGCCCCUCCACUCCCUGGCAUCCCUCCCCCUCCACCCCCAUUGCCUGGCAUGGGUAUUCCUUCUCCCCCUCCUCCUCCUCCUCCACCUCCACCCCCACUGCCUGGCAUGGGGGGUAUUCCACCCCCUCCAGCUCCAUUACCUGGCAUGGGGGGUAUUCCUCCUCCUCCACCCCCACUGCCUGGCAUGGUUGGUAUCCCACCCCCUCCACCUCCAUUACCUGGCAUGGGUGGUAUCCCACCCCCUCCACCCCCAUUACCUGGCAUGGGUGGUAUCCCUCCUCCUCCACCCCCACUGCCUGGCAUGGGUGGUAUCCCUCCCCCUCCACCUCCAUUACCUGGCAUGGGUGGCAUGCCUCCUCCUCCACCCCUCCUUCCUGGCAUGGCAGGAGAUUACAUAGAAGCCGUGGUGGCCUCCCAGUUCAGCUGUCCCCUGGGCUUGGGCAGGCCUCCCCACAAGACAGUGAAGACACCAACGCUGAGAAUGAAGAAGCUGAACUGGCAGAAGCUGCCCUCCAACGUGGUGAGAGAGAGCCACUCAAUGUGGGCUUCUGUGAGCAGCAGCAGCGAGGAAACGAUAGAGCCCAACUACAGCAGCAUUGAGCAGCUGUUCUGCUUCCCACAGCCAACCCCCAAGGAGAAGGCAGCAGCACCAGUGAAGGCAGAGCCGAAGGAGAUCACAUUUUUGGACUCCAAGAAAAGUCUCAAUUUGAACAUAUUUUUGAAGCAGUUUAAAUGCUCCAAUGAAGAGGUGACUGCCAUGAUCCAGAAUGGGGACCGGACCAAGUUUGAUGUUGAGGUUCUGAAGCAGUUGCUGAAGCUGCUGCCUGAAAAGCAUGAGAUAGAAAACCUGAAGGCCUUCAAAGAGGAGAAAGCAAAGCUAGCAAAUGCAGAUCAGUUCUAUCUUCUCCUUCUUCAGAUUCCCAGCUACCAGCUGCGCAUCGAGUGUAUGCUGAUCUGUGAAGAGACCACCGUCGUGCUCGACAUGAUCCAGCCCAAAGCUGAAGCCAUCCGAAGAGCCUGUGAAGAUCUUCUGACCAGUCAUCGCCUGCCAAUAUUUUGUCAACUGAUUCUCAAAGUUGGAAACUUCCUGAACUACGGAAGUCACACAGGCGAUGCCGAUGGGUUUAAAAUCAGCACUUUACUCAAACUAACAGAAACCAAAGCCAACCAAACCCGCAUUACACUGCUCCACCAUAUUCUAGAGGAAGUAGAAAACAGCCACAAGGACCUACUGGAACUGCCAAAGGAUCUUGAAUAUGUUUCAAAAGCAGCAGGAAUUAAUCUUGAUAUUAUCCGCACGGAGUCCGGUGCCAAUUUAAAGAAGUUGCUGGAGCUUCAGCGGAAAGUCUUAUCAUCAAAUGAGGAUGUGAAACAACAGUAUGAGAAACCCAUCCAGGACAGCAUUGAUGCCUCCAGAAAGCUUGAAGAAGAAUUUGAAACCAUUGAAAAGAAGAGAGAAGAACUUGCAAAUUAUCUGUGUGAAGAUCCAAGCAAGUUGUCCUUAGAGGACAUAUUUAGCAUCAUGAAGACCUUCAGAGAUCUCUUCAUCCGAGCCCUGAAGGAAAACAAGGACAGAAAGGAGCAAGCUGCCAAAGCAGAGAAGAGGAAAAAACAGCUAGAAGAGGAAGAGGGGAAGAGACAGAAGGGAGAAAAUGGAAAAGUCAUCAAGAAGGGGCUGCUGAAGCAGGAGGAGGUGUGUGUCAUCGACGCCCUGCUCGCCGACAUAAGGAAAGGGUUCACGCUGAGGAAGACGAAGAGCAGACACGAGUCAGAGGCAGUUCCUAAACCCUUGUCUGCAGAGAGCCCUGAGGAAAGCCAGUCUGGACAGAGCAUGAAGGAUCCACAAGCAGCAGGGAAGCAGAUUGAUGACAAAACCAAGCAAAACAAGGAUGAUCAUCCCUCAGAAAGCACUCCUCCCUCAACCAAGAUGGAGACAGGUGGAGGUGUUACAAAGGCUUCAGCUCCAGGCCAGGUAUUGUCUCCAAACAGUGCUGGAGGAAGUCUGCCACUGGAGUCCCAGACCAAAAGCCCCUCAGUGAGCACGGUGGAAGCUGAUGGAGCCAGUCAGACCAUGCUGGGCCCCAGGAUGGAGCAGGCAAACAACGUGGAAAGCCUCCAGCCCAGCACAAAGAGCGGCUCCGUUGCCUUCUCUGUGGCUGACAUAGGCACAAGGAUAAGCUUUGUGAGCAGCAGUUCAGCCUCUGCUCUGAGAGACCAGCUCAGCUGGACUAAGGGGUCCAUGUCAGCAGGCCAGGACAAGGAAUGCCCAGCUGAUGGCUCAGAGAGUGCUCAGCCUGCUCCCUGCAACGAGGCUCAGCAGGCAGAGUCAAAAGAAAUGACAAAGGAAAACGAAGACCCUGGUACAGACUCGCUGUUGGACACGUCUCACGACAAAUCCUUCUCAGAGGAGCCAGCCACCGACUCCUCUUGCUCAGCAACACUUCCCCCAGAGCAAACUCACAGUGACAGGGAAAAGCAGAGGUCAUCAGGGAAACGGAAGAAGAAGAAGAGGCACAGCAAAAGCUACUCAGCAGAGAUUGAGACUGAUACUGGAGAUAAUAAAACAAAAAAAAAUUGUGUGGCACAAUGAGGUGUCAUGGCAAGGCAGAAGGUAUGAGAGAACCUCUCAUGUGUCCCUGGAGUGCUGCCAGCUUCUGAGACUCCAGGUUCUGCAUCAAUGAAAUGCCACCAUGGACAACUUCUGCCCCAUGAAGACCCACAGCCUCUCCUCAUGCAGCCUUUCACUCCCUUCCCCAGGACCUCAAGAGCCUCCCCAGAGACUUUGGACCCCUCAGCCUGUGCCUUGCACUGGGCACCUGUGGGGGUAGGGGAUGGUUCAGUGUAUAGUGGAAGUGAAAGAGUCAGACCUUCAUCCACUGUCCUGGAAGCCAAGGCUUUCAACCUGCUCUUAGGCCAAACUCCUCUUGAAAUGACAGCUGAGUGUGGCCCAAGAGCAGACUGCACUGUUUAGCCCUUGAAGAAGUGUUAAAAACAGCAGUGCCUCAACUAAAUUAAGGGUGUAAAUUAAGCAGUGGCUGUACCAUCACAGGUGGAGGUGUGUUAAAUCCCUCUGCUCAUUGCCCACUGACAACUUAUAUAUUGGACCAGGUCCAAGACUCAGAUUAGACAAAUAUAUUUUUACUCUCAGUCACUUAAAUUGGUUACAGGGGAAAAAGCAAGUAAAAGGAAAAGUAUGUAUUUUAAUAAGCAUAUGGCCAUAUAAACAGUAUCUGGUUCCUACAUGAUGCUUAUGUGCAAUUAAGUUGAAGCACAUCAGUAGUCUUAAGUAGUCUUGUCACACCCACUAGUGCAUCCAUCAACUUUUGGAGAACCAGGACCCUGGCUUCUCUUACUAAAGCAAAAGGAAGAGGUUUGCCAGAGUGUUCUAUUGGACAUGUUUUCAGCUUAUCCUGUAGUAAAUCUCUGGGUUUUACUUCCAUUGUCAGCUGCUUGUACUCAAGACUCUGUGUCCAAGCUGCAGAACGUGUGGAAUCAUGUUACUUUGGCUUUAAAACUGGGACUGUGCAGUACUGUGUUUUCAAAAUUCAGAGCUUUAUUUCUCAAGUUUUGUAAUAACACUGUAUAAUAAUUUUGUACAUAGCUGUCCAUUUAAAAUUAUCUAUGUUUGUUGAAUCUAUGGUGUGAUAUGUGUUGAAACAUAAAUCCAGUGGAAGAGCUGGGUACAUUUCAGAACUGUUCAUUUACAUGGUAACUCACUGUGGCUAAACUAAUGUGCAGGCCAAAAUUUAUUUUGCUCUGCUUAAUAGGACUUGUAAUGUCCUUGUAGUACUGAAAACUUAGAAGUGAAACCAAGAAUUAAAUCACUGGUUUGCUUUAACCAAGGCAUCACUAUGAGCAUAUUGAGAACUGGUCAACAGAAGCAGAGAUGAGUUGAGAACAGACACGUGGGCAGGUUCAGUGCAGGAGCCACAGCAGAGUGGCACAGCCCUGUUGUAACAGAAAACUCAUUCCUUUUGGCUGAAGCAGGGAUUCCCCCAGCAUUCCCUGUAGAACUGUGCCACCCAGGUUUGAUUUGCAGGACUGUCUCUAUCACAUCUACAGGUAUCUCCCCUUUUUUCCCCUCUUUUCCAGUCUCGGAGCACAUCACCCAAGCACCAUAUUUUUGCUCUUCAGUGUAACUCUGCUGCUCACAGAUUAGACUCCAAGCUGCAAAGCCUGAGUAUUAAACAACUUCUCCCAGCUCUGUGUUUCCAGAAGAGCCUGAGCCCAGGCUAGCAGUGCACAGCCAAACUCCUCCUCACCACCCCACUGACUGAUCAAUAUCAUCAUCAUCAUCAUUUGGAGAUGCAGGAGUGGGAACAAACAGGUUCUCUGGGUGUUACCUGGGGAACAUUUCCUGCUGAUGCUCCACUGGAUGCUCAAUUCAGACGCUACAUCAUGUCUCCAAUUCUCCAUCUGGGUCUUUCAGCUUCCCUCAUUUCCACCCAGAGAGAACAGCUCAUUUCCACAGCCAGAGUUCUUAUUGCUCUAUAUGCUUACCUUGGCCUUAAGAGAGAGGUUUUUUUGGCAUUAUCUUUCCCCUGCUUUCAAAAGUUUACAAAGAAAUGGGUUAUUUUGAGCCACCAGAGGCUCUUUGUUCAAUAGUCAUCUGUAAAUUAUCUAUUCAAUCACAUCCCAAUCAGCAGACUCAAGCAAAACAUUUAUAAUUUAUUUCUCAAGAGCAGCUCUGCUUCCACUACAGUGAUUUCAGAAGAACAGAAGAAAAUAACCAGAGCAGGUCAAAAACUGAAAUUCAGCUGGGAUGUACAGUUUUGUUCAAUUUAUGAGCUUGAAAUAAAGCUCAUAAAUGAGCUGAAAAUUUUUCAGUGGUUGCAAGACCAAAUUAAUUAUUGGUCUUGGAAAUAAUAUCAUGGCCAGUUCAACAGAGCUGUGGUCUUCUAAGUCAACCAUGAGUACAGACCUCAAAAUAGAAUUCUUGUGGUAUAUUACAGCAACUGCACAUGAAGUCUGGUAUGUAAACCAGGCUGUGACCACCACAAGCUUCUUGCUGCCAAAUAAAUGCAUCUUCUGUAAUUAA